AUAGUAGGUGUGAGUGAGGUGGGUGGUGAUAAUGGAAUGAUUGGUGAAAGUGAGGUGGGUGGUGAGAAUGAGAUGGUAGGUGUGGGUGAGGUGGGUGAUGAGAGUGGAAUGGUUGUUGAAAGUGAGGUGGUUGGUGAGAAUGAGAUGGUAGGUGUGAGUGAGAUAGGUGGCGAGAGUGGAAUGGUUGGUGAAAGUGAGGUGGGUGGUGAGAAUGAGAUGGUAGGUAUGAGUGAGAUGGGUGGUGAGAGUGGAAUGGUUGGUGAAAGUGAGGUGGGUGGUGAGAAUGAGAUACUAGGUGUGAGUGAGAUGGGUGGUGAGAGUGAAAUGGUUGGUGAAAGUGAGGUGGGUGGUGAGAAUGAGAUAGUAGGUGUGAGUGAGGUGGGUGGUGAGAGUGAAAUGGUUGGUGAAAGUGAGGUGGGUGUGAGAAUGAGAUGGUAGGUGUGGGUGAGAUGGGU